GCAACCAUUGGGGUCGCUAUUCCCCUUACCUCUCAAGACUAAACAAACCAAAUUCCCUUUAGAAACUCACAGCUCAACAAACUAGACAGACAUAGUACUAAAGAUCACAAGUAGUAUGAUAUACUUACGUUACAACAUCGCCAUUAUCAUUAUUUUUCCCAAAAUUCCCAUUCACUCGGUUCUUACACUCUUUCCUUUUGUUGAAAAGAACUGCACAUAAUUGAAUGGAUAGUAUCUAUGAAUAUCAUAAAUCAUUCUGUGGCGUGCCAGUGACGAAAUGGACAAACUGCCGGGGUCUAUGGGUACGAGUGCUGGUUUAGUUCUGAGAGUAGGACAGGCAGUUUUCUCUGUUGGUUCAGUUCUUUUCAUGUGUUAUGAUGUUUCUUUCUUCAUCUCCAGCGACGCUCCUUUCUGGUUUUUGGUGACAACCAUGGGUUUGGUAACACCAUGGAGCUUGGGAUUGGCAAUGAUCGAUGCAUAUUUAAUGUUGGCUAAACGCCCAUCUAAUAAGCCCAGAGUAUUGUCAGCUGUUGUUAUAGGAGAUUGGGUGCUUUCGGUUCUGUCACUGGCUGUGUCAUGUUCCACAGCUAGUGUGGCUGAUUAUCUGAUUGCUUAUGGUAGUGCAGACUGCACCAAUGGUAUAUGUGGACGAUAUCAACUCUCUGCUGCCAUGGCUUUCUUGACUUGGAUUUUUUUAUUGGUGUCUUUGCUUUUCAAUCUGUGGUUUCUUCCUACCUUAUACUAGUUGUAUCUCUGGACCUGGACCUGCCGGUUGUCUCUUGAUUAACGAAUAAGGAGUAGAGAUUGUCAAAUCA